AUGGAUAGACUAGAACAAGACAGUAGUUGGGCCGAGGUCAAAACGCGCAGGCCACACAGAAAGUCGCGAUACGGUUGCAAAAAAUGCAAGACACGCAGAAUCAAGUGCGAUGAACUCGAGCCAAAGUGUUCAAGAUGCAGUAAGAUGAAUUUGAUCUGUCAAUACCCAAGCAGAUCCAGCAUACUAGCCCCCGAGGCCAAACUUGAACAAACGGAGCAUCUUUUGCAAAAUGAAAUUUCACACAUAGACUACGGUAUGGAUAGCUCUGAAAGCUCGCGUGACUCGUCCGCAGCGGUCGGAAGCCUAGGGUCAUCACCAGUUCCUUCUGUGCAAUCACCACUCAAUCUGCCGAGAGACGAUAAACACCCCAGCUCGCUCUUGCAGUCCCAGACAUCACAGAUGUUUACACCCACAGAAUUCGCACUAUUCAAUCACUAUCUCGAACAUACUAGCAGAGAUAAGACUGUUGACGACGAGGACCAAUACACCUUACAGAUCGGAAUUCCGAAUCUCGCUUUCCAGAACAAGUUUCUCAUGAAAUCUGUGCUCGCAUUCUCGGCAGUUUGUAGAUGCUGUGAUAUUAUCAACCAGUCCUCAAUAUCCCACGGAGACCGUGGGCAAGUUGUAGCGCUUUUAUCUGUCGCCGACCAAUAUCACAUGGAAUCACUGAGGGAAAUUCAAGCAACUCUCUCUGGGACUGACCAAUAUGACCAUAUUCUUGCAAAUGCGGCUAUGAUGGGGAUGUAUGGAUCAAGUAGCCACCGCAUCCGAAUAUGGCUAGUGGAAACAGCAUGCUCCGACGACAUAGAACGGAACCGGUUUAUGCCAAAAAGCCGUCAAUGGAUUAGCUUGUUCCGUGCUGUCCGCGUGGCAUACACCGGAAUAAUCAACGACAGGUUUCAAGCAGAGGAUGUGGCUCAGCCUACCCUGGCCACCCCACCCAUUGAACCUGUGGCAGGUUGUGAUUUUCAGAUACAUUGCGAAUGCGAGGUGUCAUCUCAGAUUGACCAACACAAAGGUCCCCAAGAUCAUGCUUUGUAUUCCAUUAUGGCUGCUACGGUGGCAUCCGCAUUGGAAAGGUUGGGGAGGACGGCCAGAGAAAUCAUCAAAAACGAGAUGGGGGGCUGUGGAGACCAGGUGUCACCAGCUAUUCAUAUCGACUCUGACGUUCAAGCAUGUUUUGCUGCAUUGGAACUUUUCAGAAACAUUACAUCUGAGACCUUUCGUGAUAACAACUUGAUGUCAAACACGCCAGGUCAUUCCCAUCUCGCUUCUGAACUCGACGUUAAUCCGGUGGGUCAAGUCUCGAAAGUUUCGCCCUGGAUGCAGAGAUAUACAGCCAGAAUCACUUCAAUUAUACCGUCGAGGCUUCCGCGAAGGCUUAUUAUGGCAUUUGUUCACAAAGCCCCCACCAAGUAUUUGAACUUGGUUGAAGACAUGAUGAGUCUCAUGCAACGCGGAGCACCAGGAGCCUAUGGAAGAACAGUGUUUCCCCUAAGUUCCAUGAAUUCGGAGCCGAGUCUAGCACAUCAGUUAGCUGUGGACAUAUUUUCCCAUUGGCUCGUUCUGGUUAUGUUACUAGAUAAGGUGUGGUGGAUUGGUGGUAUUGGAGCUUGGGAACUUGGGCAACUUAUCACCCUUAGGCGAGAAACAGGAUGGCGUAUGUCCCUGUGGAAGACAGGCGAGGAUUGGUGGCCGGAAAGUAUGUUUGAAAUCAGUCGACAGUUCAACAAACAUAGAGUGAAGGGUCGAGUAUGA